AUGUUUUUUGACGAUGAGUUUAAACCUGCCAACUACAUCGACGCGUUGUUCAAGGAUUACGAUUAUUCCAAAACAAGUAUGGCAAAGCUCACGAUGAUUUCGAAUAAUUUGACCAUUCAUUUGAACUUCUUGAUGGAGCAAUUGAACAGGGAAAUCAAUGAAAAGCUUUUGGCCUUAAAUAAUAUAGCACAUGAAGAGACAUUGAAUAACUCCACCCGUUUGAAUUACUAUAUUAAAUUAUUGCAAAACUCCAUUAUAUCACUCAACAAUGAAUUACAAGUUCCCGAGUUUAACCAACUUGUGAUCAUCAACAAGUUGAUAGAUUUUAAGGUUGUGAAGCAGAACAUGCUUGACACACUAAAGAUUCUCAACUACAUCAAGAAGAACUUUGGUGACUUGACAUUAAGGUACUUUGAAACCGAUCUUUUGAAGCUAUUUAGCUCCAUUUUAAAAUUGCAAGAUGCUGAUGACAAACAGGCGAACUUGAAGACAUUGGUAGACUGUGCCGAUGUGUUUAAGAACAUGAAUCAUUUCAAUUCUAUCUAUAAGAGAAACAUGAGCAAGUUCACCAGUGAGAUAGACUCUUAG